UCUAAACGUAAAACCCCAACUAAGACACACUCAAACGGUCAAACCCAUAAAUCAUGCUUCUCCGGCGUACAAUCCCGUCGGCCAUGUCGUACGCCACCAGCCGGCACCAUUCCUCCGCCGCUAAAAACCUCAAAUCUCUCUCAAAAAUACCCUAUAAAUACAGAGCCAAAGCCACCCAACAAGCUCAAGAAGCCCUAACAGACUACCUUCACGCCGUCAGAACUAUACCUUACACAUUCGCGGAAAACAUCAGCAAAUACUCCGCCGUCUCUCUAUCUAACGUCAUGUCUAAAGUGAAAUUUUCGACAUCCGACUUCUCCAAAUCCUUACAGAGGUUCUUAAGAUACCACCCAGUUAACGAAUUUGAAUUAUUCUUCGAAAGCAUUGGCAUUGAUGUUAACGAUCUCGAUGGGAUUUUACCUGCACGUAAGUUCUUUCUAUCAGAAGAUUUAAAUGCGUUUAAUGCUGCUUGUACCCUUUACAGUUUUGGGAUUCCAUGGAAUAAAUUAGGAAUGUUGUAUAAAGAACAGAAAGCAAUUUUCGAUAAGGACCCAUGUGAAUUGAAGGAAAUCUGGAAAAGGUUUUUGGAUUAUGGUUUCACUAGUUCAUCUCUAAUUGGGAUUUUAUUGGUUUUUCCUCAUUUGUUAAAAGGAGGCACUGAAAUUGAUUCAUUAUUUCAUCAUUUGAAAAGGGUUAUCAUAGAUUUUGAUUUGAUUAACGAUGUGGAAGGCAAUGUGGAUGAAUGGAUUGAUAUCUGUAGAAAGAUUCAAUUAUUUUUCCAUUUCGAUUCCAGCAAACCUGACCUUUUUGAGAUGAUUGGUAGAAGCAAACACAUUUUGGUGGAAUAUUCAGAAGAAAUUUUAGCCGAAAAAAUCGAAUACUUUUCUAGAUUUAAUGUAACAAACAACGAGAUCCUGUCAUUGCUUCUUUCACAAUCAGAAAUCUUUGGAUAUAACUUAAAGAUUCCUGUAUUUUGUGUAUCGGGACUUCUAACGCACUUUGGGAUGGAUGAAGAACAUUUGAAUUCUAUCAUCAAGAAAUACCCUUAUGUUUUUGGUAGAAACAAGCUAUCUAAUCUACCCGAAGUAAUGAGAUCUUUGAAUCUUAAUCAAUGGUUCUUCAAUAAGAUAAAAGACGGGGGUCAUCAUAUACUAACUAGUUAUUCCAUUCCCAUUCCCAUUCCCAAUUCCAAUCAAGAUUUUGAUAAAGAUUUUCUUGAAAGUUUAACUAAAAUUCAAUCUUCUAGGGUGCCUAAUCACACAUUAAGUAAGCUCGAAUUCUUACACGCUAUUGGCUAUGGCGAAAACGGUUUAACCAUCAAAGUGUUAAAACAUGUUCAUGGGACAAGUAGUCAAUUAACCGAGCGUUUUAAUUGCUUAAUUCACAAUGGAAUUGAAUUUUCAAACCUUGUUAAGAUCAUUAGCUUAUCCCCAAAAAUAUUAAAUCAGCAAGCGGAAAUUCUCGAGAAGAAAGUAAGGUUUUUUCGUGAAGAGAUUGGCUCAUCUUUAGAUUAUCUUGAUGUUUUCCCGGCUUAUUUGUGCUUUGAUUUAGAGAACCGAAUAAAACCCCGAUAUAGAUUUCAUAUGUGGCUUAUGGAAACUGGUUUGUGUGAAAGAAACUAUUCACUUGCUAGCAUUAUUGCCACUAGUGAGUUGAGCUUUAUUGCUCGUGUGUAUAGAAUUCACCCUGCAGCUCCAAAGAAGUAUCUUGAAAUCUUUAUGAACCAACAUUGUGAUAGUUUUCAAGAUACUUGACAGUAUUGUAAAUCAGGUACACAGUGGUCUGCUAGGUGGUUGGCAUGAGAGCCUGAUAAGAACAGUAAAUCAGGUACACAGUGGCCCACUUGGUUGCAGCCAGAAAAGCACCAAAGUACCGCAAAACAUCAAGUGAGAUGUAAAUCAGGUACACAGGUGGCAAAUAGAAAAGCAUUGAAAAGCAUGAUGUGAGAUUUAAAUCAGGCGCACAGUAGCCCACUAGGUGGUAGACAGAAAAGCACUGAAAAACUUCAUGUCAGAUGUAAAUCAAGUACAUAUACAUACUAAUUAAUAUUUAUGUUGCUCUUAAAAUAAUUUUGAUUUUUGGGGUUAAUUUUUGUUUAUUUUAAGCAGAUUUGUAGUUUUAAUUUCGUGCAUUGAAUUUUUUGUAUUAUCAUUUAUUUCUUUAUAUACUUUUGUAAAUUAAAUUA